UAUCCUCACCUGUUUCUCAGUCAAUGUAAACAAACUCCAACAGACCGUCUUGUAUUGUUACCUGUUCGCUUGAUACCAUGGCCCCAAAACCGAAGGAAAUUGGGGAAUUGAGUGAGGAGAAGUUAUUACAGUGUGUGGUUCUUGCAGAUUUCCGUCAGGAUUACGGCAGUACCAUUUCUCAGGAUCUUCCUAAGGUAUUGGUUCCACUGGUUAAUACACCACUUUUGGACUAUUCUCUUGACUGGUUAGAACGAAGCGGUAUUGAUGAAGUCAUUGUUUAUUGUCGUGCUCAACCUCAUGCUGACUUGAUACGACAGCAUUGCAAAGGCUUUACAGCACGUCGAGCAGAACGUGGUAUGAAUGUCAUUGUCGUUGCUUCUGAGGAUUGUCACUCGAUGGGUGACGCUAUGAGAGAUCUGUAUGCAAAGUCUUUGCUAAAGGAUGAUUUCUUCCUUAUUCAUGGAGAUACCAUAGCAAAUAUUGACCUGCAAGCUCUUAUGGCAAAACAUAAAGAACGUCGAUCCAUUGAUAAGAAAUUUAUUAUGACUCUGCUGUACAUGAAUAAGACUGGUGAACAUAUUGGGGAUGAUGAAAGUACAGCAACACUCAUUGCAAAUGCAACAACUGGCAAAGUUCUCCAUCAUGUUCGUCGUAGCUCUUCGAAGUCAAAGCUCUCGAUCCCUGCAGAGUUACUGAAAACUUGUAGUCAACUUCGUGUAUUGCCUGCUGUGUCAGACCCGGGUAUUGCUGUUUGUUCAGAAGUUGUUCCAUCGUUGUUCUCAGAUAAUUUUGAUUAUGGAACCCGUGACAGUCUCAUCCGUGGAGUGAUAGAGCAGGAAGAACUUCUUGAUUAUGCAAUUGCGUGUGAAGUUUUAGAGUCCGGCUAUGCAACUCGAGCAACUUCUCUUCCAUUAUAUGAGACAGUAAGUAGCGAAGUUAUUCGUCGCCAGGCCUACCCCUUGGUACCAGAGGUAAGCCUAACCAGUCAUCGCAUAAGAUACCUCUAUGAUGACUUUACCAAUAACUACUGGGAAGCCUCUGCUAAAUUUCACAAAGGGAAUGGUGGUCGGGACGUGGUUGUUGGAGCUGGUUCGGAAGUUAGUUUAUCAGCACAGCUAAAGAGGACAGUCAUUGGAGAUCAUUGCACCGUUCAGGAUAAUGUGAAAAUCACUUCCUCCUUCAUAAUGAAUAAUGUUUGUAUAAAGAAAGGUUGUGUGCUAGAUCAGUGCUAUUUAGGUGAUAAUGUGAAACUGGAGGAGAAUGUAGUAUUAUCACCAGGGUGUGUGUUAGGAGCAAAUGUGGUAUUAGGUCCCAAUAUCACGAUACCAGCAGUUACAUGUCUUUCAGCAGUGCCUCCAGUUGAUGAGUUUGAAGAGGAAAAUACAACUCAGGAGCCUGAUCCUAAAAUUUGUGGCAGCCAAGGUCAUGCAUUUGUUGUUACUGAGGACGACGACGAUGAUGAAUUAAGAAAACUAGUUUGGGGCAGAGAGAAAAUUGAAGAAAUAUCCAGUGAGGAAGAACUGUCAGAUGAAGAAGAUAUGGAUCAAGUCAUGGGCGAGGAUGCACACAUGAGAGAUGAGGAUGAGCAGAGGGAAUAUGAAUUCAGACGUGAAAUUAGAGAAAGCGUCACAAAUGCCUUAAGUUCUGGAUCAGCAGCAGAAAACGUUGUACUGGAGAUAAAUGCUUCUAGGCAUGCUUAUAAUAUGAGCAUGGAAGAAGUUUUAGCAACUGUUACACAGGCUAUCUUAAGAGCAGGUGAGGAAAAGGAGCCCGAGAAAUACGAUUCAGAGGGUCUUUGGACUCUGACAAAAAGGUCGUUAUCUAAAUUCACCGAUGUAUUUAAGAAUUAUGUCCGUAAACCAAGAGAUCAGAUAACUGUGCUUAAUGCAAUUGAGGCACUAAUGAAUGAGCACAGAGGAUAUCUACCUUUAGCCCAGAAAAUCUUUUAUGAGCUAAAUCAGGUGCACGAUGUGUUGGAUAAUGAAGUAAUCAUUUUUUGGUAUAAAAAAGAAAGCAGUUCUACACCAGUUUCCACUACUAUUAAGAGUCUGAUACAAAAAUUCAUCGACUGGUUAGAAGACGACGAAGAUGAAGAAAGUGAAGAAGACAGUUAAAAGUUUCUUUGUUUCUUGAUCCAUAUGGAACUGCAUUUUCCUUUUAAUGAAAAUUACUUGUUGUUACAUUACAGUACCUUGAAGAGAUCAUGUGUUCUUCAGAAAGCAGUAAUAUUCUUGCUCAUGUGCCAAGCAUUAUUGUUCUUUGACUUUAAAUUUAAUAAAUUCCCUUAAUACAUUGUAGAAUACACAUUUUUCAUUAUAAAGUGGUGUGCCAUGCCAUGUGGACUGUAA